GCAAUUCAAAUCAGAAAAAAAAAUGAAUGGGUAAAAAUUAGCGAAUUUCAUGGGAGUAAAAUAGGCGAUCAUUUCGAAUAUUUCAUAACAGAAACCAAAACAAAGAGAAAGAAAGAGACGAUCAAAACAAUAUUUGGAUCUGAUUAUUCCAUUAUCCAUACCUCGAUCAAACAAUGGGGGAAUCACCAGAAAUUGAGAAGCGUCAACGUGGAAAUGACAAACACUCUUCUUCUUCUUCUUCUUCCUCUUCCUCUUCAGAUUCUGAUUCUGAGAUUGAUGCCCACGCUAAAAUGCAUUCUGCUCGCAAGAACCGCCUCUUCGGCCGCCAGAAGCCUCUCCAUUUGGUCCUUGGAGGCGGGAAAUAUGCUGAUGUAAUGCUGUGGAGGAACAAGCAAGCUUCAGCCUCUGUAUUUUCUGCAGCCACCGUUAUAUGGCUUCUGUUUGAGUGUGUGGGUUACCAUUUGCUUACUUUUAUUUGCCAUUCUCUCAUUCUCGCUUUUGCACUGCUCUUUCUUUGGUCAAAUUUAGCCUCCUUCGCCAAUAUGUCACCUCCAGAAUUCCCCAAAAUUACUGUGCCAGAAGAACUGUUUGUUACUAUUCUUCUUGGGCUCAGAAGUGAACUUAACAUGGCAAUUACAACCCUUAGAAAUAUAGCAUCUGGAAAGGAUUUGAAGAAAUUUUUAUCGGUGAUUGGUGUGUUGUGGAUCAUAUCUAUUGUUGGAAACUGGUUCAGUUUUUUGACCCUCUUUUACUUGGUGUUUGUGAUGCUGUUGACACUGCCAAUGCUAUAUGAGAAGCAUGAAGAUGAUGUUGAUACAUAUGCGGAGAAGGCAUGGAUUGAAAUAAAAAAGCAGUAUGCUGUGUUGGAUGAAAAGUUUAUCCAAAAACUUCCAAUACUGACUCAGAAAGAUCACAAGCAUUAAUAAGAAGAACAAGUUGAAGCACAAUUAGAUUAGUAGAUCUCUAUCCGUUUUACAAUCUGUAAGAGAUCAAUUUAGAUAUUCAUGGAAGAGUAAUUUGCAAAGACUAGUACCAUCCCACUAUCAUCUAUGUAAGAAGCAGAUGUUAAUGCCUACUAAGAGUAAUUUAAGAAGAUGCACUGUUUCUUCUUCC